AUGAGUGGGGAUAACUCUGCGGAAGAAUUCACCUGCAUAACUCCAGAGGACUUAUCGGAGAUCAAGAAUGCAUUAGAGGGAGGCAGAAUGGCAGACGCAGUGUCCAAGAUCAAAGAAAAUCUUAAUGCCCUAGACAACAUCAAGCUCAACAUCGCCAUCACAGGAGAGUCAGGCUCUGGGAAAUCGACCUUUAUCAAUGUCAUCAGGAAUCUGGGAGAUGAAGAUACUGGUGCUGCUAUAACUGGAGUGGUAGAGACAACCUGUGAGCCGCAGCCUUAUCCACACCCAAAAUUUCCCAAUGUAACCUUCUGGGACCUGCCUGGGAUUGGGACACCCAAUUUUAAAUCAGAGAAUUACCUUGAGGAUGUUAAAUUCAGCCGCUAUGACUUCUUCAUAAUCCUUGGCUGCGGGCGCUUUCGAGAUGUCCAUGCCCAGCUGGCCCGCGCCAUCCAGGAAAGGGGCAAGAAGUUUUAUUUUGCACGCUCCAAAGUGGACACAGAUCUGGAGGCUUCCAAGAAGCGCCGGCCCAAAGCUUACGAUGAGCAGCGCAUCUUGCGGGAGAUCAGAGAGGACUGCGUGAAGUGUCUGCAGGCAGAGGGCGUCAGCUUCCCCAAGAUUUUCCUCCUGUGUAUCUUUGACCUGGACAAGUAUGAUUUUCAGCAGCUGCAAGAAACCCUGGAACAUGAGCUCCCCAGUCACAAGAGUCACACUCUGCUCCUGGCCAUGCCCAACAUUUCUCUAAAUAUCCUGCUGAAGAAGAAAGCCGCCUUCCAAGGGCAGAUAUGGAAACUAGCUGCUCUGUCAGCUGGUGUUGCUGCGGUCCCUAUCCCAGGCCUCUCUGUGGCCUGUGAUGUGACAAUUUUGGUGAAGGCCUUGCGAGAUUAUUGCAAGAGCUUCGGCCUGGAUGAUGAAUCCCUCACUAAGCUUGCCCAGAAGUUUGACAAACCCGUGGAGGAGCUGAAGGCUGUUAUAAAGUCCCCACUGGCCAAGGAAAUCUCAGCUAAUUUGGUAUACAAACUGCUGACCAAUGCUGUAGGUGGUGCCCUGAUGUGUGUGGAGUAUUUAGUGAGCAACAUACCAGUGAUUGGCUCCCUUGCAGCCGGAGGGAUCUCUUACGGGACCACGUACUACAUGCUGAACAGCUUUUUGAAUGAAGUGGCGGAAGAUGCUCAAAGAGUUCUGCUAAAGGCUUUAAAGGAGACAGAAAUUUAG